AUACAGAAAUGGCUGCCGUACAACAAAACUUCUCUAAAAUGAUAUCAGCACAGCUACGUAUGAAAUCAAAUGAGUUUUUAAACUCUCGUAAACAUGCGAAUAAUCUCGCUGAUAUUCUACAGAUGUUUGAGGCUGAAACCGAGAACUAUACGCCGCUAUUGCUUACAAUUGAAGUCAUAUUCACGGAGCUCUUGAAACGAGGAGAUUUGGUCCAACAUGUCGUACCAUUAAAACCUACAGACACCAGUCCGGAAGCAGAGUACAAGCGAUGGCUGAACGAGUGUUACGAGGCAGCCAUUUCCCGUGCCCUUCAGUGCAUCAAAUGUGGAAGGACCAGCUCACGGCUACAAGCUUUGGUGACUGCUUGCAAAUUGCUGCAGGCUGAAGGGAAACAUCCACUUGAACCUACCACAGGUUAUUUCUUCCCUUCAGUAAGACUUAAGAACAUAUUCACAGUGCUGCUGGACUCAGAAAUAUCAAUGUCACCACAAAUAGUGCGCUUCCAAGAGUUCACAGAGUACAGGGAUGUGCAACAACAUGGCCUUAAAGUACUUUCUGCUAUUGCUUAUCGCAAAUCUGCUACUCAGAUCUACAUGCAGAAUUUCCUUGAACUUCUAGACAAACUAUUGGCAAUGGAAAUACCCACAGAAAUCAAAACAAAGGCGAAAGAACGGGACAAUGAUAACGAGAAAGAGAUGAAGGUGCUUUGUGCUGCUGAAGGCAAGCCCCAGUUCCCGUUCAACCCGUCCAUGUGUCGUCGCUGCGCUAACCGUUGCUGGAGCUUCGCGUGCCUGUGGCCGCUGUGCGAGGACUCGCGCACGCACCGACGCGCCCUGCUGCUGCUGGUAGAGAGGUUGAUGCCGCUUCUCAACAAGCCCCACCUCGCCACGGACAUGCUCUGCGACAGUCUUGACGCAGGCGGGCCGAUCAGCAUGCUCGCGCUUCAAGGAGUCCUGGAGCUGGUGAGGCGCCACAACAUCGAGUACCCGGACCUGUACGACCGCCUCUAUGCCAUGUUCGAGCCGGAGAUGUUCGCCACCCGCUACAAGAAGCGACUGUUGCACCUCGCGGACAUCUUCCUCAGCUCCACGCAUUUGCCCGAGAGCCUGGUGGCGGCGUUCGCCAAGCGCCUGGCGCGCCUCGCCCUCGUGGCGUGCCCCGAGGACGCCGGGGGUCUACUACAGCUGGUCGCCAACCUCCUGCUCCGGCACCCCGCGCUCAAGCGGAUGAUCUGCUGCGAGGACACGCCGGCCAUCAUGUCGAACGACCCGUACGUGAUGGAGGAGGCUCAUGCGGCGCGGUCGCGCGCGUUGGGCGCGUCGCUUUGGGAGGUGCGUGCGCUGCGGCGCCACUGGGAGCCCGCCGUGAGCCGCGCCGCCGCUCUCGUGCUGCGAGCCGCCGACCAGCGCGAGCGCGCCGCCGACCUCACGCCCGACCGCGACGCCGCACAGCCCUUGUUCGAUGCUGAACUGAAGAAAAGGUUCAAGGCCAUAGAAAUGAAUUUCAUUCGUCCACAAAGUAUGGCUCUGCCCUCCGGAGAACGCCUCCUACAGUACUGGGAGUUUGCUUAAAGGCCCUCGUAUUUACUGGACCUUCAUUAGCAAUGUCCUAAAUUGUAAUGCUAGCUUUGACUUCACAAAUUGCAGAAACACACAUAUUACUGUUUUAAAUGUCUUGUCUAGAAUACCACAGCUCUUUUCAGACAAGGAAACUAAAAUAAUGCGAUUUUUAGUAAACCUAUACUUUGUCUAAUAUAGUAUAAUAAUUUUGGCAGGUGCCCGUCAAGUUUCGUAUUUUUUCCUGUAAAAUAUAAUACAGAUAAUAACUUACUUCAUAACGAACAGCCAAAGUCGGUUCUAAAAUAAAAUAAAUGGAACAUUCAAAUAACACAAUUAGUACGUACGUAUUGUAAGCUUCUUGUUAAAAGUAGUGUUUAUAUUCUCUGACUUGUAAUGCAUCAAACAAAAAUGGAUGUUUAACAAUGAAGAUACAGACACAACAAUAACACAAUUAUCGUACUAUAUAAAGAAUAUUAUAAAAAUUAAGCCUUAUCUGCUAUACUCCAUGAAAGCCGGAGAAUAUGUAUGGUGUUAUUUAUUAUUUCUUCAAUAUUUAUACUCCACUACAAGAAAAGCUCCUGCAAAGUACCUACGCACGUUUCGCUCCGAAACCGGGGCAUCCUCAGGAGAUCUUGACUUUACUAUGAAUACGAAUGGGGAUGCUCCGGUUUCGAAUAGUUUCAUUAGCGAUUAUUAACUACCUUCUCCUUACUGUGAGCUGUCAAAAUUAUCAUCCUAUAUAAGGCAAAGCAGAA